UUCUUUCAUUCGGUUGGGAGACAAAGUGGAGGGACGCUUCUAGGAGCUUUGCGGCUUUCUUAUCUUUUCUUUCCGUUUUUCCUAGCUUGUCGUUGCUAGCUUUGCGAUAUUUUAUCCGGGGCGUCGCUUUUCGUCCAACUCACUUGUUGAACGAAUCCCCCCCCACUUCUGCGCCGAGGUAUCCUAGAUAUAUUUAGCUAACAAGCGUCUCAUCUUACCGAACAACAUUCAUCCUGCCCUUGCAUUAAUUUCCCUGCUUCUAGCAAGAGAGGGAGUUUUAAAUUAUUGCAUAUUCCGUUUUCUUACCGGCAUUGCAAUUCUAGGAAUAGAUAGCAUUUCGUUGCUUUAAAUUGAUCAUUUUUUCGUUAUAAUGGCGACGGCAACUUCGACUCCGGCCGGGCAAAGAAUGAGCACCCGCACCAGCGCCGCUGGCACUCCUCUGAGCCCCACGCGGAUCUCCCGGCUGCAGGAAAAAGAGGAGCUUUGCAACCUGAACGACCGGCUGGCCACUUACAUCGACAAGGUGCGCAGCCUGGAGUCGGAGAACAGCGUCCUGCACCUGCAGAUCUCCGAGAAGGAAGAGGUGCGGGGCCGCGAGGUCACCGGCUUAAAAUCCCUGUACGAAACCGAGCUAGCAGACACCCGAAAGUCUCUCGAUGACACCGCCAAGGAGCGCGCGCGGCUCCAGAUAGAAUUGGGGAAACUGCGGUCCGAGCACGACCAGCUACUGCAAAACUGUGCGAAGAAGGAUGCGGAUCUUUCCGGAACGCAGGCCCGGCUGAAGGACAUGGAGGCGUCGCUCAACAGCAAGGAGGCGGCUCUGGCCACCGCUCUGUCUGAGAAGAGCUCUCUGGAGGCCAGCCUGGCAGACCUGCAGGACCACCUGUCCGAGCUGGACGCGGGGCUGGUCUCGGCGAAGAAGCAGCUGGGGGAGGAGACGCUCAUGCGUGUGGACCUGGAGAACCGCUGCCAGAGCCUGAGCGAGGAGCUCGAGUUCCGCAAGAACAUGUUCGAGGAGGAGAUUAAGGAUGUCCGGCGUAGGCACGAGACCCCGGCUGGUGGAGGUGGACUCGGGCGGCAGGUGGAGUACGAGUUCAGACUGGCCCAGGCCCUGACCGACAUGAGGCAGCAGCACGAUGAGCAGGUCAAACUCUACAAGGAGGAGAUGGAGCAGACCUACUCCGCCAAGCUGGAGAACGCGCGCCUGGCCUCCGAGAUGAACAACUCCUCCGCCGGGAUGGCCCGAGAGGAGCUCCGGGAGUCCCGACUCCGAGUGGAGAGCCUGGCCGCCCAGCUCGCCAGCCUGCAGAAGGAGACCCGCGGCUGGCAGGACCGGAUCUCGGAGCUGGAGGCGGCGCUGGCCCAGGAGCGGGACUGCAGCCGGCGCUCGCUGGCGGAGAAGGAGCGCGAGAUCGCAGAGAUCCGCGCCAAGAUGCAGCUGCAGCUGGACGAAUACGAACAGCUCCUGGAUGUGAAGCUGGCCCUCGACAUGGAGAUCAACGCCUACAGGAAGCUGCUGGAGGGAGAGGAGGAGAGGCUGCAGCUCUCCCCCAGCCCCUCCUCGCGGGUGACGGUGUCCCGGGCCUCGUCCAGCCGCAGUGUGCGUGUGGCGCGGGGGAAGCGUAAGCGUGUGGACGUGGAGGAGUCUGAGGCCAGCAGCAGCGUCAGCAUCGCCCACUGCGCCUCCGCCACCGGCAACGUCAGCAUCCACCAGCUGGACGUGGACGGCAAGUUCAUCUGCCUGCACAACACGUCUGACCAGGAUCAGCCAAUGGGAGGCUUUGAGAUGACCCGGACCAUCGGGGACGUCUCCGCCACCUACAAGUUCACCCCGAAAUACCUGCUGAGGGCGGGGCAGAAAGUCACGGUCUGGGCCUCCAACGCGGGCGUGAGCUCCAGCCCCCCCACUGACCUGAUCUGGAAGGGCCAGAGCUCCUGGGGAUCGGGAGAGGACGUCCAGGUGCUGCUGCUCAACCCCCAGGGAGAGGAAGUGGCUCAGAGGAGCACUGUGUUCAAGACCAUAACAGAGGAGGAGGAGAUGGGAGAUGAAGAGGAGGAUGAGGGAGUGGAGGUCAUUGAGGAAGAGGCCUUCCAGCAGGGAGACCGCUCAACUAAACGAGGCUGUUCCAUUAUGUGAUUGAGGGGACCCUCCACCCCCCACCCCCCAACUACACCCCCCGUACCCCAAUCUACCAGUUUUUGGCUGCCAACUCAGAACUACUCAGAACUAUUUUUGUAUUUUAAAUUUCUGUUUGUAUUUUAAGCAACUGGUGUGAAUCAAUUUUGUUUUUUCUUUAGUUUUUUUUUUUAACAGUUUAAAAUGCAGGUGAUUUUUUUUGUAAACCACUUUUGGUAAACAUUUUGUGAAAUCAAACAUUACUGUCUUUUUAUUUUAUGAUUCUCGUGUGAAUGGGAGGGUCAUGUUUUAGUAGCAGGGAGGCUUAGGCCACGCCCCCUGUGGUGUUGGCCACGCCUCUUCCUGAUGCUUUGGUGCUUUUCCAUAUACUACAUCGGUAUCCUGAUUUUAUUUUAUUUUUAAAAUAGCAUUUUGAAUAAAAACUUCUUUAUAGUAGGCAUUUUAUAGCAGGUUAUUUUUCUUCUGAAGAUUAGUUUAGAUGACGGUGUUGGAAUUUUAGAUGAUACUUUUAUGUAAAAUGAACAAUAAAGUUUCAAAUUUGAAUAA